AUGGUUCAGGUAAAAGCGAUCGAUAGCCUACCAAAAUCACCUAUAAAGGGGACUCUGAUGGUGUCAGAAAAUAGCCUUCUCCUUCAUUCGGAGGCUACAUCUCCUGAAGCGUUAUGUCUGCUUGAUCUUGAGCUCUGCCGUAAUGGAAUGACUAUUUCAUUUUGGAUACUUGCUCUUCCAACCACUAAUUCUAACAAAUCAUGGCCAAUUUUGCAACAAACUAGUCCAUCCGGUAGCGAGCUUACCGUGGAUCUAUUCAGAAAUGAGGGACAAUAUUUUCUGGAUGUCGCCGUAAAAAGUCUUCACACCAUCACAGAUGGCAAGGCCACUUCAACUCUAUGGAACGUUAAUCCACCUAUUGAAAACUUGAUGGGAAACUGGACGCUGGUGACAAUCUCUUGGUCACAUGUUGUCGGUCUCACCGCUAAAGUUAAUGGCACAAUAGUGGCUUUUGAUAGGCAAUCCACAGAAACAAUAUCAAUCUGGAAGGUUCCUAUUCACAGAGGGGUGUGGUUUGGUCAUCACGGAAAUCCAGAUACUUCUGAUGGUGUUAUAAUUGAUGACUUCCAAUUCAUUCCCGCGGAAAUCAACUAUUUAAGCCACGUGGGUCAAAAGAUAGACGUCACACUGUCUAACCAGAAUCUGAACGCAUGCAGACUGGAUACGUGUUGGGAUGGCUCUUCGUGCUUUCCCGCUUCGCGUGAAAUUGAUUCCCUCUGGCCCCUCUGUCGAUGUGACCGACCGAUAAGAGUAUGCAGAGAGCUACCAGUUGGAGUCGCAGUCUAUACGUCAACAUCAAGCAGUACUACAACGACUCAAGCUCCAACCACGAGUGCAUUGAUGAUGAGAACGACGACGCCAUGGAUAAUCUCGGAACCGUCAGAAUUAUCACUUACCACCAAUGCUUCAACAACGCAAUCUCUAAAUUCGCCUACCACACCGAAGCCGACAACUUUAAUACCGCUAAUAAAAGAGAUACAACAACAAAGUACUCCAGACCAAUCUUCUCUACCCCAAGGCAGAUUUAAAGAUGCUGGUGACCUCUCCCGAGAUUUUAAACCAACACCUCCUCACAAUUAUGACAAGCAACCUUGGCCUAAAUGUGACCCUCCAUGCCGAAAUGGUGGGAAGUGUGUGGAAUUGAAUGGUCAUACCUCUUGCGAUUGCUCUGAGACUUCUUUUUGGGGAAAAGUAUGUUCGAGAGAGCAUGUGGGUUGGCUUUUACAAACGGAGAGACUGUUUAAAAUGGAACCACGAGGGCACAGAACAUUCGCAACAAACAAUGACGUGCGCGGUGGCUCAAAAAUGAGAUUUAUUUUCAAAACUCCCAUUUCUGCAAUCACGCCUGAUAAGCGGGUUAAAAAGUCAAUUGCGACGAUCAAAAGAUCUGAAUACAUGGUUCUACUGUCGGUUCAAACAGAACUUGGUACCCUCGGUCUAGUUACAGUCAACGGUGAUUUGUAUAUCCUCAUUAGAGGGGUCAAGAACUCGAUGACACAGCUUUUACCAUGUCCUCAAAGUCACGAGCUAAUUACGGAUGACACUCUCGCUCAUGUAAUUCAACUGGAGCAUCGGGGUACACUACUGCGGAUGAAAGUGGAUGGAAUAAAAGUAUACCCAAUGGAGGCCAUGCCGAAUUCGUGUGACAAAUGGCUCUUCUUCUCACCUUACCAUCAUAUUAACAGUGAGUCCUGGCUUAUUUGUUUAACCCUCUAA